GCAUGCUCCGUUGGGCGCGCGCUUGCAGGGUUCCCCGCGGGUUGCUCGGUCCCUCCACUACCCGCUGCUCCGCUGUGCCCAGCGUGCUCAGCAGCAGCGACAGCAGCGGUGGUGGCCGAGUAGUCGGCAAUCCGAGGCCGCUGCCCCUGUCCUACAAGCUUCUGGAUGGAGAGGCGACACUCCCGGCCAUCGUCUUUUUGCAUGGACUAUUCGGCAGCAAAACCAACUUCAACUCCAUUGCCAAGGCCAUGGCCCAGCGGACCAGCCGGAGGGUGCUAACAGUGGAUGCUCGGAACCAUGGUGACAGUCCCCACAGCCCAGACACAAGCUAUGAAGCCAUGAGCCAGGACCUUCAGGGCCUCCUUGCACAGCUGGGCCUGGUGCCCUGCGUCCUCGUUGGUCACAGCAUGGGAGGAAAGACGGCCAUGCUGCUAGCUCUGCAGAGGCCAGAGGUGGUGGAGCGACUGGUUGCUGUAGACAUCAGCCCAGCAGACACCACACCCGUGUCACACUUUCGAAACUACAUGGCAGCCAUGAAGUCUGUUGAUAUCCCAGAGAAAGUGCCCCGCUCCCAUGCCCGAAAACUGGCUGACGAACAGCUCAGCUCCGUUAUCCAGGACCCAACUGUCCGGCAAUUCCUGCUCACUAACCUGGUUGAGGUAAACGGCCACUUCUCCUGGAGGGUGAACCUGGAUACUUUAGCCCAGCACUUCGACAAAAUCAUGAACUUUCCACAGCGACCAGAGUCCUACUCUGGGCCCACUCUCUUCCUACUUGGUGAAAAGUCCAGAUUCGUACAGUGGCAGGACAGUGGUGAGAGGGGUUCUCGUGGCUUUCCUCUAGGGAUGCCUGGAGGGUCCCUUACCCUCCUCCAACAGGAUGGGACCCCAUGGAAUUUGAUCCAGAGAAGGCUCUGCCCUGCUGGCCCCCAGUGCUCCAGCUGCUUGGGAUCUGGGCUCUAUUAUAGGGAGGCGCUCCACUCGCAUCUUGAAACACCCCAGGAAAACCUUAAUCUGGCCAGCCAGUCCUUGAGUGACAGGCUAGACACUCCUUUGCAGGCUCCACCCCCUGCGGGACAACUUGGGAUAAGGAGCAAGGUGCUCCUCCCUUCUAGUGGAACCGCCCAAGGCCCUUUCCCAGAAGUCUUGCCUGCCUUUGCCCUCAGGGGGCACUCCACUUAUAUCUUGCAAAUGCGAGUCCCUACCCAAGACAGCCCAGUGCUUCAGUGCUGAGACAUGAGGCACGCCCCCCACAGCCUGAGGGGUUGACUCCUUGGUACUUGGUACUUCUUCCCAGGCAUCUUCUGUAUACAGACAAUAUACCCCAAAUUUCCAAGGCUAAGCAAGCUCUCUAACUACACUUCCAAGCCAUAAGUUUUUUUUAAUAGUCUAGCCUCAAACUUAGAUGUCUCUCGCCUCACUUUGAGAGCUAAGAUUCAGGCCUGCACCACCACACCAGGCUUAGCAUUUUCAUAUUAAACCAAUUUCAUAUAGAAAUAAAUGGCAUUUGAUCUU